CAAAGAAACAGUUCUGUUUAUAUAACGGUAUUUUCCUCUGUACAGUUAAAGGCUGUUUUGCUCGGAUCUAAAAGUAAAUCAUGUUCAUGAAGGUUGUAAUUGUCCUGUUGGCGGUCAUUAUGGCCGUGACCACGGCCGGGAUGCCAGGAGGUCUGACGGAUGUGGACGCAAACAGAGAUGAUGUCCAAAAUGCCCUGAAGUUCGCAGUCAGUCAACACAACAAAGCGAGUAACGACAUGUACAUCAGUCAGGUUUCAAGACUGAUCAAGGCUCAGACUCAGGUUGUUGCUGGUAUAAAUUAUAUUUUCAAAGUUGAGAUGGCAAGGACAACCUGCAGAAAAGGUGGCAUUGAGGAGGUGUGUGAGAUCGAUCCAGACACAAGUGUUACACAACGUCGUGAGUGCAAAAUAAAGGUGUGGAGUAGGCUCUGGUUAAACGACAUGCAAGUUAUGGAAAAUACCUGCCUGUAGAAAUCCAAUCAGGCAUCCCAGAGUUGGUUCGGCCUUCUCAGCAACUGCAUAGCAUUUUUUUCUCUAUAGAAAUAUUUUAACUUGCAUGAACAUGUUUAAUCCAUCUAGUUAUUAGUUUGCAUGUAGUGUCUUGUUGUCAGCAUAUUACUAUAAGAAUGUUUUUACUGUCACAAGCUUAAGCAAUAACAUUCAAAUAUAUGCACUUUUUGUAUACUUUUAAAAACUGAAUAAAAAAAUUGAGCAAGAGAAUGCUUAAGUAUUAAAUGCA